AGCAAUCUUCAUUUUUUGUUGAAUCUCAUAUCAUACUUGUAGGGUUUCCUCUCUCUCCAUUUUCAUAUUCUGUAGCCCUCUGAAUAUAUAUAGUCAUUCAAAGGAUCAAAAAAAGUGAAGAGGAAUUCAAUUCCUUACCAACCCUAAUGAAGAACUGGCUUCAUAGGGUCAUGCUUUAGAAGACACAUCUUGCUUUUCUUUCUUUUUCUUUUUACCCCUUCCUCUCUGUCCCUCUCUUCUUAGAUUUUUUGUUUACUUCUGGAGUUUCUGUAGAGAAGCUACAAACAAUAAACUUAGGGUUCACUGUGGGAUGGGCAUUAGAGGAAAACUAGAGAAAUGACUUGGUGCAAUGACUGCGACAACAGCCGGAUGAUCGAGGGAAGCUCCCCGCCGUCGACGGAUAACAGUACUGUUAUAGCUGAAAAACCUAAGGACACUGCAACUAGAACUUGUCCUUCAUGUGGUCAUCAGAUCAAAUUGCAAGAACAGGCUCGAAUUCAUGAUCUGCCAGGGCUACCGGCCGGAGUGAAGUUCGAUCCGACUGAUCAGGAGCUUCUUGAACAUUUAGAUGGGAAGGUGAGGUGUGAUGACCAUAAGCUUCAUCCUCUCAUUGAUGAAUUCAUCCCAACUCUUGAAGGAGAGAAUGGAAUUUGCUACACCCACCCAGAAAAGUUACCAGGGGUGAGCAAAGAUGGUCUGAUCCGCCAUUUCUUCCAUCGCCCUUCGAAGGCAUACACUACGGGAACUCGAAAAAGAAGAAAAGUGAGCACAGACUCAGACGGUGGGGAGACCCGGUGGCAUAAAACAGGCAAGACUAGACCAGUUUUUGUUGGUGGCAAGGUGAAGGGGUACAAGAAAAUCCUUGUGCUCUACACCAACUAUGGGAAGCAAAGAAAGCCCGAGAAAACGAAUUGGGUUAUGCACCAGUACCACCUUGGCAAUAACGAAGAAGAGAAAGAUGGAGAACUUGUAGUUUCCAAAGUUUUCUACCAGACACAACCACGACAAUGCAGUUCCAUCAUGAAAGACUCCCUCCCCUCAAAAUUAAAGGAUCAUCACAGCGGCCAUGAGAGUCCAAAUCUUAGAAACAAUGCCCUUGUGGAGUACUAUAAUCCCAAUUCUUUCAUAUCCUUCGACCAAGGCAGCCAAAAUAGAUUGAGCCACGCCCGGCUAAUUCCUAAUUUCACAGUCCAUGAUGGGUCUACCUUCUUACUCGAAAAUGUGAAGGAACAUAUGGGGAGGCAAUAGAGAGGAGGAAGAGUCGAAGCAAAUUUCUAUUAGGUAAUUAAUGCAGUAAUGGUGCUAUAUAAGUUAUGAGUAAUGCAUGCUAUCGUUUCCUCCUUGUGAUAUAAAUCAGGAGGCUGUUGAAUCCUAGAGGAUAGAGUGCAAUUAACCAGCAACACGAACAAUUAUUCUCGAAGUACCGAUCUCUUCUCAAGGACAGCGGAUCGAUUCCCUUUACCCAUGGAAUAAGUUUUUAUCUUUUUCUGCAGAUUUCUCACAUGGGUCAAUGGCCCUUUGAUGUGGGAUAUUAAAUUACCAAUUGUACAAAGAUGAUUCUUAGUUUAUAUAGCACGAUAGGCCUUCACUCUUCCAGGCUUUCAGCUUCAUAUCCUUUGUCAAUGAUGAGAAAAAUAAAGUGUACUAUUUCCCUUCUUUCA